GUCCACCAGCUCCUCCGGCAGGACCCCAAGGCGUUCCCGGACCAGAUUGGAGAUGUAACCUCUCCAACGUGUCCUGGGUCGACCCGGGGGCCUUCUGCCGGCAGGACAUGCCCGAAACACCUCCCCGGGGAGGCGUCCAGGAGGCAUCCUGACCAGAUGCCCAAACCACCUCAACUGGCUCCUUUCGAUCCGGAGGAGCAGCGGUUCUACUCCGAGUCCCUCCCGAAUGUCCGAGCUCCUCACCCUAUCUCUAAGGCUGAGCCCGGCCACCCUACGGAGGAAACUCAUUUCGGCCGCUUGUAUCCGCGAUCUCGUUCUUUCGGUCAUUACCCAAAGCUCAUGACCAUAGGUGAGGAUUGGGACGUAGAUCGACCGGUAAAUCGAGAGCCUGGCUUUCUGGCUCAGCUCCCUCUUCCCCACGACAGAUCAGCUCAGCGUCCGCAUCACUGCAGACGCCGAACCAAUCCGCCUGUCGAUCUCCCGAUCCCUCCUACCCUCACUCGUGAACAAGACCCCGAGAUACUUAAACUCCUCCACUUGAGGUAGGACCUCUCCCCCGACCCGGAGGUGGCAAGCCACCCUUUUCCGGUCGAGAACCAUGGUCUCAGAUUUGGAGGUGCUGAUCCUCAUCCCAGCCGCUUCAGUUGCAGAUAAUUAGUAAAAUUUAAACUGCAUUAUAGCCUUUAAAAAUCAUGUAUUCAGGGCAAUAAAUAUAUCCUUCAGCUCUAAAAGGUUGAAAUCACUUGGAAAUUUUGUUUAUUUUUCAUUUCAGUAUAAAUCUGCAACUAUAAAAGCAGAGAAGAGCUGCUUUAAAUAUCAGUAUAGGAAGCAAGUCGAGCAAAAGCAAUUUUUAGGUAAAAAAAAUAGAACCACAAGAAUGCAUUAUUUCUGGACACAGCCCCACAGAGAGAUUAUGGAUCACGCUGUAGAUGAUAGACGCACACCUUCAUUUUGUUUUGCCCUCAUUCUGCCAUACAUGCUAUGGCUUUUAAAAACCUCACAACCAGUGUUGGGAGUAACGCCGUUUAAGUAUAACGGCGUUUCUAACGGCGUUCUUUUAUAGGUAACGGAAUAAUCUAAUUAAUUACUUUUCCCGCCGUUGCAACGCCGUUACCGUUACUGGGGACGGAACGCUGUGCGUUACUAUGUGCUUGUCGAACGUUGAGCAGCAGUGUGAGGCUUUCCGACCGCCACACUUCAGCUGCAGCCAGGGAGAGAGAGGUGUCGGUAACGCUCUUACAAACACGAUGAUGAUUGGCCGGGUGGGCGGAGACCCUCACCGUCUCAGUCGCUGCAUUCUGUAGACACAACGGGAAUAACUCCGUUUAAAAUAACCGCGUUAAUAAAAAAUAUGUCUUUCUGUAACAAGCAAACUAAUUAAUUACGUCUUCUUUUAUCAAAACGUUGUUCCUGUUACUGGUAAGGAAAUGCGUGCGUUAAGCAGCGCGGUGUGUUGAAGCUGUCGUCAGCUGAUCAGGAGCUAAAGAGGCAGAUGUUUAAGAGCAUCACGGCCCGUGAAGAACGAGGAAGACGUGAUGAAUAUCUACGGCUGCAGACCCGCAGAUUUGUUGCUGCAGCAGCGAAUCUGCGGGUCUGCAGCCGUGCCCUUAGCGUGACAGCGGGACGUCCCGAAGGUCCGCUCACCUGUUCACCGCUCAGACGUCCUGAUCUUCUACCUUCCUAGAUCAUCCAGCUGUAACCUGUUCCUGAUCGUGUCUCUAGUCCCGCUGUAACACUGAUGCAUCAGUCUCAGACGUCAUGGAGCUCAGGUGUUAUUAGAACGACCUGUGUGUGUUUACCACCCAGCUUCAGCUCUUCUGUUUGGGUCUGACCCAAGUUAGUACAUUUAAGUCCUCCAUCAGGCUUGUGCCUCUUCUAGUGUCAUUUUAAAGGAUAUUUAUUUAUUUAUUUAUUUAACAGUUACUAGUAGCAACAGAAAUGCUACUAAAAAGACACAAUUAUGUGAAGCUGUAGAAAUGGAAUGCUGUGCAAAAUUACAUUUAUUUCUGUAAUUUAACUAGACUGAGAGACUAUUUAAAGGCUCGGGAACCUUUACAGGUGUUUCUAUUUGCAAUUUUAAAUUUUAGCUGAUUGGGUUUUUGUUAAAUAUCACACAGUGACCUUUUAAUAGUCUAGAUUAGUGUAAUGUUCCUAUUAGUAGUUCCUCCUGUUAAGUGCUUAUUUGUUUAAAAUUUUCAGGUUUAUAUAAAACAUUUGGCAUACAUUUUAUUAUGUUCAGUCAUUAGUCAUUUAUAUUUUACUAUUGUAGUAAUUCUUGCAUGCUUUAAUGAAAAAAGUAACUAAGUAGUUACUUUUGUUGGUAAUUAGUUACUUUUAUGAUCUUGUAACUCAGUUAGUAACUGAGUUACUUUUUUGACAAAGUAAUCAGUAACUAUAACUAAUUACCUUUUUAAAGUAACGUUCCCAACACUGCUCACAACAUACUGGUACAGGGGACAAAAUGAUGGACCUUGUUUUUCUUGUGAGACCUGACCCAGAAAGUAUUGGAAAAAGAGAAGAGGGCCACCGUUCUACAAAAGCUACUUCAGUCAAGUGUUGGACAGAGGAUGACAUUACCACACAUCAGGCAUGCUUUGAUUGUACAGAGUGGGGUGUCUUUUAUGAAUCUUGUAGAGAUUUAAAAUGAACUGUCACCAUUUAUGUGUACAUAUCUUUUAUUCCCAGUGAAAUUAUUUAAAAAAAAUUACCCAAACAACAAACCAUGGGUGUUAUGAUCUGGCUCAUGGGACCACAGUAUAAGGAGGAGGGCUGGACACAUGGUGUAAAUUAAAGAGGAUUUUUAUUAGAGAUUGGCCUCACCAAAAUGCUACACAAACAGCAGCUCCCAAAGGUGCUCCCUCUGACCAGUCUUAUCUUUUAAAGUUCCACUUGGCAGAUUUUUUUGCUGCAGCCACUCAGGAGCGAUUAUAGGCUGCACACAUCUGAAGCAGCCAGUCAGCUGGAUGCACUGGCACAGCAACAUUUGUCAGAUGGGCGCAUUGUUUCUCCCAUUGCAGGGACCCCAACAAUGGCUCAUUAAGGAUUAAAAACAAGUGAUAAUCAAGAAAGUUACAUUUUUUACACUGGCAAAAGACAGGAAAUAAAGAACAUACAUAAAGAACUAAGGCACGAAAUAAGAAAAGGAUGUCUAAAUACAAGGUGGAAUAUCAGCACAGUGGUCAUAACUUGCAUGCCGCGUGUAAAGCCUCAGUUUCACAAAUGCAAAGGCGGUUCAGGAAGCAUGAAAAAGAGAAAGUGACACUCCCAGAUGCACUCAAUAAUUUAUUUUUCUUUAGAAAUUUUUGAUUUGAUUUUACCAGUAAUCUCUUCUCUUAGAGGAAGCAUGUAUCCUUACCCAACUGCUGUUAGUGCCUAAGGGGUUAGGAACCUAAUGAAAUAUGUGAGCACUAGGAAGGCUCCCGAGUUUCAGACUGGGUCACUGUAUCAAGAGUCUUGGUUAGACAUAGAAUAGACACUUUGCAAUACGAUAGAGAUUUCAGACUUACCAUUUAUUAGCUCAAGCAUAAGAAAACAUGAAGGCUUCAAAAGUAUUAGUAUCAGCACCUCUCUGACAGCAUGGUGGGAGUAUCUUAAAAUGACAGAGUCUUCACUAGUACCAUGCAGACACACACCUAUCUGGAAUAAUCCUGAUAUUUUGCAAAAUAAUAAAAUGAUGAACCUUCCGGACUGGAAAAAUAAAGGAAUUCUAUACCUGAAACACAUAUAUGAAGGAUUGGACUUCAUUCCAUUUAAUAGAAUAGUAUCCCAAUUUGGAAUGGAUAAGAAUAGCUUUUUAGAAUAUCACCAAAUUAAAUCUGUAGUAAAACAAAAAUUUAAGCUCAAUAAAAUAGAAUUACAAACACCACCAACGGUAUUAGACUUCUAUAAUCUCAAACCCCCCAAACUACUGUCUUAAGUAUAUAAGACACUGUCCAAAAUAGACGAUAGAAUAGCAAUCCCUAUUGAAAAAUGGGAGAUGGAUCUAUCAGUCAGCUUUGACCAGAACGUCUGGUCCCAAACUUGUUUAAAAACUUUUAAAAUUAUCAGAUACUCGAAUUUACAAUUAAUUCAGUACAAAAUUCUACACAGAGUGCACUAUACAGGUCAUCGGAUGUUCAAGAUGGGGUUUGUGUCGUUUGACACCUGUACACACUGCACAAACAACAUUCCUGAAAAUUACAUUCAUGCACUGUGGUCCUGUCCACCUGUCCAGGAAUUUUGGGGUAGAGUAUGUGAAGAGCUGUCAAAGUCUCUGAAAUGUCAUAUCCCAACCACCCCUCCUCUUUGUUUACUGGGAAACCUGGAUGAUGUCCCGAUUGAAAAAUCUUUGGUUCACGUGGUUCUGAUUGCCAUAUGCAUCGCUAAGAAAACUCUCCUCUUGAAUUGUAAAAAUAGAGAAACUCUCUGCAUUAACCAGUAUAGAAAUCUUUUGUUAGAUCAUAUUACACUUGAUAUAGCCUCUGCUUCCACUUCAGAUCAAUCUCUCUGGGCUCCUUUGAUCGGUUCCAUCACAUAGCGAUGACAUGUAUGCUGCCGGGAAGAAGGCAGGAACAUGCAGCAGUGCCUGGCCCGGGUUCAGGGGCCUCGGGUAGACCUUGGCUCCGCUGCUGUCCCAUCACAGGGGAGGGGGAGGUCCAGGAGGGGGAGGACCCAACCUUACCUGGAUGUCCUAUGUCUUAUAUAUUCUGGAAGUGUUGCAAAUGCAGGGAUGGGCAUAGACAUUCUGCUGGGUUGGUGUCUUCGGACUCCUUGAGGCUCUGUUAUGCUGCUGCUUUGGGCCCUGGCAGGAUGGGCUGGGGUCUCCAUGUCCUAGGUGGCAGUUUGACAACAGAGGUGCCUAUUGGGGCCAGUGGGGGAGCUGGCUCCCUGGAGGGCUAAGCCCAGCCAGCCAUUCCUCCCCAUCCCUGCAUAUUUCUUUCCUCCUGCUCCCUCACAUCAUCACACAAACAUGCACAUAGGACCUUGGGGGGUGGACAAGUCAGGGUGUGUGGGUAUGGACCCCAUUUCCGCAUUCCUGUGGCAGCCUGCCCCCCAAUUUUAUUUGCACCUUAUACACUUCCACUGACAACAUUCAACGCAAACACACACUUAGGGCCUUGGGAGUGAGCACAUUCAACGGCACUUGGCAGGGGGAUUUCUCAGCCUCCUCCCGAGUGCUGGUGCCCACUUCCAAUUUUAAACUGCACUUAGACACCGAGAGCUGUGGGUGCAAGUGGGGUGGUGUGGUGGCAUCAGCUGGAAUAGGCCAGACGAUGCCCGCACUGCCCGCUCACCACAGCCAUGGAAUACACCUCAUCAACACACAACACUAUAUUGGAGCAGGUGGAGGGAGACAAGGGGUCUUAUCACACCUCUGUUGUUGCUUGGCUUCCUGGGGCUGGAGGCUAAGAGGCAGAUCUGGCCAUCUGGUUGGGCGGGGGAGCCUGCUCAUCAGCACCCCCAGCAGAAAGGGUCAAACUCUGGUAACCGGUGAUGGUUGUACCCCAUGUGCAGCAGUACCGGGAGCAUGUAUGGGGAGCAUGAGUGGGUGUCUGGUGUGCAUUUUUGUAAGUCUUUGGUUGUAUGUGUAUGUGUGAGCAUGAGGGAGGGAGUGUGUGACUGUGUUUGUGUAUGACUGUAUAUGUCAGGUGGGGCCUUUGACUCCUCCCCUCUCCUGGGACUUCUUUUGAUGAUAUAGAUCUUCGUCUCCCCUCCCUCUGCCACACCUGGUGUGGAGUGCGGUGCCUUGGUCUGCCUGAGUGUUUCUGGCUCCCGGGUCAGGGGGUUUAAGAUUUUUGGCGUCUGCCUGAUCAAUCCCGGUGGCGGCCUGGUGGGGUCUGGGUCCCUGGGCUCUGCUGGGUCCCCGGCGGGGGUGGUCGCCUCUGGGUCCCGGGUCGCUGGGUCCCGGGCUCGGCCGGCUAGGGGGUGGGAGGCUGCGGGCGGGCCUGUGGGCUUGCCGCUGAUAUAUCCCGAGACUCUGCCGGCUGCUGGUUGUGGCCCCCAGGGGCGAUCCUCUGUGCCUCUCGAGGGGAGUGGGGGCCUUUCUGGCUGCAGUCUCCUUGGGGUUCCUGUGUUCUGGGGCAGCGCCUGGAUCUCUGGGACUUGGAGCUCCCCCUGUCUCCUACACAUCUUUGGGGGUCAGAUCUGUGGUCCCUCACACUCUCUAUUGGAUGCUCCUCUAGAGAAACCUUACAUAAACAAGCGUGUGUACACACACAAGUGCUCACAUGGUGCUCUCAAAAGUAUGGGCUUGGGCACGUUCAACACAGGUCUUAAGACUAUGGUGGGCGCUUAAUGCACUGUGAUUUAUUAUCGUGUGAUUGUUCAGUUAAACAAUGUUGAUUAUAUAUUUCUUCAUCAAGUUGAUGCAGUUAUAGCUUGAUCUUGUUGUAUUGUUUUUGUGUCCCAUUUUUUUCUUGUCUCUUUCUGCAGGUCUAGAAGCAGACUCUAGUUCAUUAUUGUUUAUUUUUGUGGAAUCCCCCCACCCCCUUCCCCCCUCUCUCCCCACCUUUUGUCUUUUCCUUUGUCUUUCACCUCUGACUCCGUGUCUGGUCGGAGUUACAAAGCAUUCAAAAACAAUAACAAUACAGUUUUAAGUAUCAGGCUUGACAUUAGAAGCAGACGCUUUGAUGCUCCACCUGAGAGUAAAUCUGUAAGGCUUGUUACCAGCAUCCAGACAUCAAUUCUGUUUGCUUCACAGCCAGACAGGACACCGUAAAAAAAAAAAAAAAAAAAAAAAAAAAAAAGAGGCUUGAAUGAAGGCUGUGUUUUACUGCCUGUUAUUUCUGCAUACCAAUGAAUCUUAAAGCAUAUUUGAACACAGCUACUUGCUUUGUUCUCAGAUACCAGACUGUUGUUAUUUCUUAGUGUGACUGAUUUUUUAGAGCCGGAUCUUGCAAAAACAAAGGAAUAUUUUUGUUUGUUUUGGAUGUAAAAUAGACACAGCAGCAGAGAGCAUUAAUCAUUUAUGAAGGGUUUUAAUUUGUUUCAUCCUACAAGUAUCUCAGUGAUUUCUUUGACAACCAACUUAAGUUUGAUAUUAGUACUGCUGCUGUCAUGAAAUGUGAGUGAAUGAGUAAACAGAACCACCAGGCCUUUAUUGAGAAUCUCUUGGGUUUCUCUGUUGUCUGCUUUUGCUUCACUCUGAAAGACAACAACAUAUAACAGGAAUGCAUAAGAGGGGCCUGGCUUUCUUUUUGCAAUAAACAAAGAAAGCUAUAAAAAAAGAUGUAACGGUUCCAUAUCAUGCUAUUUUCAAUCUUUGAGAGCAAGGGUAGGCACAGUAUAUGAUAAAUAUUACUAAUGGCACUGCUGAGAUAUCAUUUAUUGUAAAUACGAGUUAUUUUCAUCAGUCUGAAUUCAUAACCAGAAAUGAAACAGUUUGUUUGAGUGAAGCUUCACCCACGCAUGCUCCAUCAGCAUCUUAGGCCAGCCUGCUGUUUUUGGCCUUGGUAGUCCAGUGGUUAAAGGUGUGGUUGACUGAAAAUCGUUUUUUAAUUAUUAUUUCUGAUUAUCAUCUGCCACUCUGAGGUUUUCGACAGGCUGAGAACAGUCUUCCACACCAACCUCCUGCAUUAAUUUCUGAUAAGGAAAAUAAAUAGUGAAGUGCUAGGAUUUGAAAAUCCUCACACUGUGAUGUCACACUGUGAAUUAGCAUUAAUUGCUUCACCCAUCCUGGCUCCACAGGGAGGUUUUUAAUGUUUUUGCAGUGAGGAGAGAGAGCGAAGAGUGUCUUGGUGAUGGUUUGAAGGGUAGGAUAAAGACUUUUUUAUUUGAUCUGGCCUUUACCUCUGGCCAUUUGUCUGUUUUAGUGUUGUUGUUUUUUUCAGUUUGUAUACUGUUUUAAUUUUCUUUUAAAUCGUUUUUCUAAUUCUCAUCUUGUUAUUUUUAAUUAUUUCCUGUUCAGCACUUUGUUGUCACUCUUGUGCCUGAAAGUCGCUUUAGAAAUAAAGUUUGAGUUGAGCUGAGUUGAUUGUGACUUUUGCAACAUUACUGAACAUGUUCUGUUAGCCAAUCAAAAGUGAGAUGUGUGCAUAUCAUCAAUAAUAAUGAGUAAUCCUGCUACUUUCAGCCCACUGUAACGUGAUGAAGGAGCUAUUCCACCAAGGAUUUAACCUCUUUCCACAGAUGCCUCUGACACAGUGCUCGAGUGCAUGAGACAGCCUCAAGGUCAUGCAUUUGCUUCUAAAACUGUUUACUUUCCAGCAAGAGAAGAAAGAAGAUAAUGAACUCUUUUCUUUUAUUAAAUCAAAGAACUCAAUUUUUUAAUAAAGCUAAUCAAAACAAGUGUUAGUUAAUAAUACAAUGUUGACCAAUCUGUGAAAUCACAAUGUUAUGAUUAAUAUGUUUUAGUAAGUAAAUGACUUAAUCUAGUUCACUAGACACACUGACACACAUAAGGUAAACAACACAUGACACAUUGCUGUUACUGAUCCAAUCAGAACCUUCCUAGUCUGAAGCAUGGCAUAGUCUCUAUGGUGUUUACAAAUCUGUCAGCUUUGAUUCGACCAGAAUUCAAAACACCCAGAUUGAUAAAACCAGUUCCAAUGCCAUCUUAGUUCAGUUCUCAACAUCUCACUGGAGUUCACCGCAUGCUAAGCGGAGUAUCGGACCGGCCAUCCGGACUUCCCUUUUUAAGCUGAGAACCAACAAGCUGGGAAAAUCUGUUGCAUUUUACCAACCACGCAACGGUUCCUUUCACAAUAAAAGCUGAACUCACUGACCCAAGGAGGGUCCCCUUUUGACGCUGUGAACCACCUGUCGCUUUUUACCUGGAGACAAUCCAAGGACUAGUUUGUCAUGCUGUGACGCUGUACCACUGGCUCCAGUACCGAAAGGAGGGUCCGUGGACCUGACAUUCUGGAUCCGUACAGGAGGUCUCCCUGAGGGUAUGUGUGGAUACGACAAAUAUGGCGUCUCAUGUGUUUAUGAAACUACUCCUUUCAACCUCUGAUCGUAGUUAGGAGCAAAACAUCAUCUCCCACUCAGACUUGCCUCUCCAGAUACGAGAGUUCUGAUUAACACGACUCACACACACCAUCCAUCUCACAUCUCAUUCAAACAGAUACAUUCAUCAUUAGAGAGUUAGUAUUGUUUAAAUUGUUUAAAAUUAGUUAGUAAUAAAUCAUCUUAAACAUUUGAAGAACUCUUUCUCUUCUCUUGUCUCUCAGUUAAUACAAAGUGCUACAAAUCCCUACAUUAAAAAGUUCCAAUCUUCUGGUUAAAUAACUCAGUGGUCCGUAAGACUGAUCCCAUACUCCAGGGGUGUUAAACUCAAACUCACACGGGGCCGAAAUGAAACUCUGAGAUGAAGUCGAGGGCCAAACUUAAUAUUUUUGAAAAAGUGAUGGCAAAUUUGCACAUUUUCUUUAUCAACAUAUAUGCAAUUUUGAACCUUUAAAUUUGGAAACAAACUUAUUUCUGCAAUAACACUGAAUGUGGAAUAACCUAAUUACACACGAGCAAGUCAGUUUUAAAUAAAAGGCAUCAGUGGUAUUCAUUACUUGUGGUAUAUUCAGCAUUUUUAAAAUCUAUUCAGGAUUUAUGUUUUCUUGUUGUUUAUUCAUUUUUCUUAUUUUUUAUUCUCUUUUUUUCUCCUGUAAUACGUGUCAUCGCUGCUGUGACGUCUAGCUUUCGCCACUGAGGAAAAAUAAAGGGAUUUUCUAUUCUAUUCAUCUAUCUGCAGCCUUUCCACUUCCUGUUUACUGUAGGUUAAAUCUUUGCUCACGGGCCAACAACAAAAUAAAAAUAUAAUUUUAUCUUAAAUGAAAAUGCAGCAUCUCACCUGUUAACUUUCAUGUUUUGGAGCAGAAAAAGAGCAUAAAACCAGCAUAUUUAAAGCUCAGUUUGCUCUACUGGUUUACUGUGAUGCUCACCUGUUCCAGCCAGAUACCUGCAUCAUGGGGUUGAUCUGAGCUAAGGAGGAGACUCCUGUUGUUUUGUUCAUCUUCAUCAUAAUAAUGACAACAUUAGAUGACAACAGGUGUUCACAUAGGUUUGUGCUGAUGAACAUGUCUGAGCAGCUUGACCACGUUGUGUGUCGGGGAGGAAAAACUACAGCAGGCACAGAGUCGUGCUGGUUUGAGCGUGUCACUGCUCGCUGGAGUUAUAUCAGCUCUGUCUGGACGUUAGUUGGAAAACUUUCUCUUUCAGUCGCGAACACAUUACUGAGCGGCUAGAAUCUCCGUUUCUGGGCUUCAACGUCAGAAAAUAGCUGAGUGAACUCGGCGCUGAGUGAGAGGAGUGUAGUUUGUCCGAGACAGCGGAGCUGCAGACACCGGCAGCAGGCGCUGAAAAAACACAAAAGAGGGGGCGCGUCGGCUCCGCGCUGAUGCCGCAAAGCAUCAUGGGAGUUGAAGUCUUUGCAGUAAAAUCGGCCAGCGGGCCAGUUUUAAUAUAUUUUUUAUAUUUAUCUCGCAGGCCACAUAAAAAUGCUCUGCGGGCCGCAUCUGGCCCGCGGGCCUUGACUCUGACAUAUGUGCCAUACUCGAUAUGGAAUCUUAACGUCUCGGUCCUUAAUUAGAUGUAAAUUAACUUUAUUACACCACCUCUGCACCAGAAAAUGUCUGCAUCUCAAAACAGCAGCGUCAUAGUUUUCUUUUUUUAUUUAUUGACUCAUAAGGCAUUGAUUUACACUAGAGAACACUGCAAAUGUAUUAAAUAAAUGAGUAAACCACACAUUUAAAGUGCGUACCUUGGCACUCUAACAACUGGACUACCACGUCUGUUACAAAUUCAAUUUUCAAUUCAAGGUUAUUUAUAUAGCGCUAAAUCACGACAACAGUCGUCUCAAGGCACUGCACAUAGUCAACAUUCCAAUACAGGUCAGUUCAUUAAGCCGAGCUUAAGCCUUAAAGUUAGGAGCUUUUUAGUCGAAUAAGGAACUAAUGAGUGAGAUCCAUUUGUAGAGAGGAGAGAAGUUUCACGGAUAGUUCAAAAGAAGCAGGGUGCUGGGUUUCACUGUGAUGUGGAUCCACUGAAGGUCACAUAGUGGAGCAAACCAUUGAAGGAGCCUUUACUCUAAAUAGUUUGCUGGGCCACCUGUCAGCAGCAGCUCACAACAACAGUGUCAUCACUGUUACUGAGGUCUCUCUACAUGUUGGAUGUUGGGGAAAGCAAAAUGGCCAUGUGAAUAAUUGAGAGGCUAAAAAAUGUCACUGACUUUCUAGAAAAAAGAAAUAAAUCUAAGUAAAAAGCGAACAGUGAAAAGUGCAGACUAUGAACUUUUCUAUUUACAACUUCAUCCAUCAUCCUGACGAGCUCCCGUCUGCUCCUGGACUAGAGGAGAAUUUACUACAAAUAGAAGAUUUUCCACUUUUCUUUGUCUCACAAGCACCUCAUAAAGAUUUGUGUAACAUUUAUGAUCACUGAGGCUUUCAUUCUUAUAUACAAUUAGUUUCAGUGUUGAAUCAAGAUCCGGUUUGUUCACUUUAUUCAACAGUUGAUUUAGACUCAGGACUGAUAUACAGCAAUGUAAGAAAUGUGUGGCUAUGGCUGGUUUUCUGUUUUUAAUGUGAAAGAUGUCUUUUAUUCACAUUAUGAGGUUGAAUUUAAAAGUUGAACAGAGGAUGUUCUUCCCGCUGGAUCAUCUGAACCAUUGGUCCGCAUAACUGUCAGUUAUUCUUGUUACGCUUUCACACAAGGCUGUCAUCGUAAGUGCUCGUUCCUGGGUUAGUUUUCACUUCCUGUGCAUGCACAUUCUGUUUAUGUGUAGAGUGAUGCGUCUUCAUUACUCGCCGUUCUCACUGGCUCUCAUUUCAGAUUACUGCUAGAAGAAGUGCUGCAAGGCCGGCAGCUACAACCAGAGCGUGUACGAAGAUUAGCAGACAUUCUCUCUCCUGCGCUUUUUCAAAACUUGGAGAAGCCGGUUAUUUCCUGAAACAUCCUAAGCUCUUACCUUUAAUUUGAUAUUUUGAAUCAUUUAUCUUUACAAGCAAGUGGAUUAAUUUGUAAAGAUGCAUCAAACAGUCUUCUGAAAGUUGGAAUUGGCUGAUGCUGUGUUUGAUGAGUGGUUGGCCAAUCUGAAACUCAAAGAUCAGACCUUGGCUCUAUUUGAUUUUUAACUCAUCAAAAGUGCAUUUUCUCAGUCUGUGACCUCAAUUGACCUUUGCUUAUUAUUAGUUUGCGCUUCCAUGUAGAAAAUCAUAUUUGUCAUAUAUAUAAAUAAAAAUGUAAUAUUAUUUAUAAUCCUAGGAGAUAAAUCAGUGUCAGCAGUGCUAAAAACCAAAAUCAGUGCUUUUCGGAAUUUUCUAGUUUGGAUAAUGAGGUAGUCUUGAAAAUGCGUCAAAAUCAAGCUUGUUUUAUGAAUUUUUACGGAAACAUUACAUUUGAAACACAUGUAAAACAAUAAAUACCCAAAUUACUUUAAAGGUAGACCCUGAGUUUAUCAUACAAACUGGUUAAACUUUCCCCACCCUCUUAUUUCCAUGUGACCUUUUUUACCCGACCUUCUGCAGACCAGAACAGCCACCUCGGUGAUCCACACACUCACCCCCAUCCCUCUAAUACUCUGUGUUAAGGACCUCAGGAGCAUUCUUCCCAGGCAUGUGCCUCUGUCACUCAUGUGCAUGCAACUGCAGCGCACACACUUCUGUGUCCUCUGUCCUCAACACAAGCCCAGCUCAGUGCUCUCAGGCUCAUGAACCCAGCCCUCCUCUCAGUCUGGACGUGAACAAUAUCCCUCGCUAAGCUGCCACGUUGCAUUUUUUUUAAGGGAUUUUAUGGACUUUAGACGUUAAGAACACAUCUGUGGUGACGGAACUAAAAUAGAAAGUCCUCCAGAGAUCCAUGAUGGCGCCUGUGAGAAGCUUGGUGAUCCCACUCCUACUGGUGCUCCUCUGCUCACCACUGGUCCCACUCCUCAAUGCCCAAGAUGCAAGCAAAGAGGAGGACGACCUCCAUAACAGACAUGCUGAGGAAGACAAAGCUGCUGAUGAUGGUGAAGACACUGAGGAAGAUGAAGAGGCAGCAGAAGAGGAAGAUAAUGAAGCAAGUGAAGAAGAUGAUGAAGAGGCUUCUGAUGAGGAAGAGGAGAAUGCAGAAGAAGAGGAAAGAGAUGAAACCUCUGAGGAGGAGGAAAACGCUAAAGAUGAAGAAGGGGCUGGUGAUGAUGAUGAUGAUGAGGAGGAAGAAGAGGCAGCUGAUGACAAAGAUGAUGAUAUUGAGGAAGAGGAUGAUGAGACUGAUGAGGAUACUAUAGAAGAGGAGGAACAGGAACAGCAGCAGGAGGCCGUAACUGAAAAGGAGAGGGAAGAGGAGGCAGGUACUGAGGAAGAAGAUGAUGAAGCUGAUGUGAAUGCUGUGGAGGAAGAGAACGAAGGGGAGGAGUCUUUUGAGGAAGAAGAAUCAGAGGAUCAUACUGCUGCUGAGGAUGACUCUGAAGAUGAAGAUGAAGUUGACAAAACAACUGAGAACCUCAGAGGUGCAGCCGAAGAGGAGGUGGUGUCAGACUACCAGCAGUUCCACUCUGGCUCUCUGUGUAGCGUUUGCUCCAUUUGUCGGCGUUGCUCUGAAAGCUGUGACAAAUGUCCCUGCGAGGAGGGAGAUGAGUCAGAUUACUGUGAACACUGUGAGAGCUGCUCAUCGUGCUACAUUUGUCCCAUUCUGUGUGAUACAGUUUGCACACCAGGUGGUCUUGUUGAUGAGCUGACUGGAUCCCUCUUUCAGACUGUUGCAUCGUUACUCUAAAUCCUGCACACACACAUACACAUUGUAUAUAUAUAUAUAUAUAUAUAUAUAUAUAUAUAUAUAUAUAUAUAUAUAUAUAUAUAUAUAUAUAUAUAUAUAUAUAUAUAUAUAUAUAUAUACCAUGCUCACAAGAAUUAAAGGAACACUUUUUUAAUUGGGCCUGGCAUGAAAUCAAUUAAACCUGUCUGAGAAUUUCCUGGUUGAUCAAGCAGCUGAGGGCAUUGUUGAUCACUUUCAGCUGUAUUGGUGUUCAUGGACUUAACAACGGGUGCACUAAAGUGGCCACAAUGACAAAACCCUCAAAACAGGACUGGUUUAACAUGUAGAGGUCAUUUCAAGUUUCUCCCUCUUGAUCUUUUUCGGCCGGUUUUCCACUCGUGCUAGUUUUGGCUUGAAUAAUUAUCUCUACUGGCAGUAUGAGACGAUUCCUUAACCCUACAGAAGUUGCACAGGUUGUCCAACUUCUCCAGGAUGGCACAUCCACAUGUGCUGCAGCAAGAAGGUUUAAUGUGUCUCCCAGCACAAUCUCCAAAACAUGGAGGAGAUUUCAGGAGACUGGCGGUUAUUUUCGGAGAGCUGGACAGGGCCGUAGAAGUUCCACAACCCAUCAGCAGGACCGAUACCUGCUCCUUCGUGCAAGGCGGAACAGGUUGAGCACUGCUCGUGCCCUACAGAAUGACCUCCAGAGGGCCACUGGUGUGAAUGUCUCUACCCAAACAAUCAGGAACAGACUUCAUGAAGAUGGCCUGAGGGCCUGACGUCCUGUAGUGGGCCCUGUGCUCACUGCCCAGCACCGUAGAGCUUGACUAGCUUUUGCUCAAGAACACCAGAAUUGGCAAGUCCGCCACUUGCACCCUGUACUUUCUACAGACGAGUGCAGGUUCACCCUGAGCACCCGUGAUAGACGUGAAAGAGUCUGGAGAAGACAAGGAGAACGUUAUGCUGCCUGCAACGCCGUUCAUCAUGACAGGUUUGGUGGUGGGUUAGUGAUGGUCUGGGGAAGCAUAUCCAUGGAGGGACGCACAGACCUCUACUGCCUAGGAAAUGGUGCUCUGACUGCCAUAAGGUAUUGGGAUGAAAUCCUUGAACCCUUUGCCAGACCCUACUCUGAUGCAGUAGGUCCUGGUUUUCUCCUGAUGCAUGACAAUGCCCGGCCUCAUGUGGCAAGAGUAUGCAGGCAGUACCUGGAGGAUGAAGGAAUUGAAACAAUUGAAUGGCCUUCAUGAUCUCCUGAUUUAAACCCAACAGAACAUUUGUGGGACAUUAUGUUUCGUCCAUUAGGCGGCACCUGGUUGCUCCUCAGACUGUACAAAAGCUCAGGGAUGCCCUCACACAGAUCUGGGAGGAAAUGCCACAAGUCACCAUCCGUUGUCUCAUUAGGAGCAUGCCCCGACGUUGUCAAGCAUGCACACAAGCUCGUGGGGGCCACACAAGAUACUGAAAAGCAAUUAGAGUUGCAGAAAUUAAGUUUUUGAAAUAAUGGACUAGCCUGCCACAUCUUCAUUUCACUCCAAUUUUAGGGUGUCUACACAAUCGAGCCCUCUGUAGGCUGAUAACUUUUAUUUCCAUUAAAAGACUUGGCAUCCUUUUGUUCGUUAUUUGUAUAGAUAUCCAACUUCAUAUUGAGACCUGAUAUAUCUAAUGUGUUUCUUUAAAGUGUCCCUUUAAUUUUUGUGAGCAGUGUGUGUGUGUGUGUGU